AUGGGAUUUCAUAACGUUAAAAAUAUUUCAGAUAUUAAGGAAUUAAAGAUAUUGCAAAACGAUGAAAGAAAUGUAAAUAAUUUCCCACAAAUAUGUAAUGAUAAUAUAACACUGUGUGUAAAUAAUUCAAAUGAACUUUAUUUAUAUAAUAAGUCCAUUACCAUUUGUGAUAAUAAUAAUAAUAAUAAUAUAUUACAUAAUUAUAAAAAUGAAAUAGUAAAUUUAAUAAACAAUAAUAACAACAAUACUUAUCAAGACGUAUCAGAUAAAUGUGUACUCCAUAUGGAUUGUGACGACUUAUAUGUAUCUCCUAAUAAUAAUGUGGAAAAAAAUAUAUAUCAAGAGGAUAUUCAUAUGAAGCAUGAAAAUAAUAAUUUAUCAUUGAACUGUAUAAAUAAUACACAUCUUAAUGAAAAAUCAAUAUUAGAAACACAAGAAAUAAUAGAAAAAAAAGUUAGACAAGAUAUUAUACAUACAAAUGAUGAAAAUGUAAUGUUAGAAAUACAAGAUGAUCAGGAAAACAAAUUAAUACGAAAUGUCGAAAAACAUAUGGAUCAACCCAUUUUUUCAGGAUCAUCAAGGUCCUAUUCGUUAGAUAAAGAAAAAUAUUUAUAUCGUUCAAAUGAUAUGAGUGAUACUAAUUAUGUAUGUCAAGAUGAAAUACAUAGCAUAAUUUCUCCAGACGAAGAAAAAAAAAAUAGUCUCCAGAGUUUAUCAAACCAAAAUUUAGAAAUCGCAUAUGAAUUAACUUCAAAUGGUGACCAUGAAUAUAUAAUAGAAAAUAAUGAGGAAAAUAAUGAGGAAAAUAAUAAUGAGAAUAAUAAGGAAAAUAAUAAUGAUAAUAAUAAUGAUAAUUAUAGUUAUUAUAAUAGUUAUAAUAAUAGUUAUAAUAAUAGUCAUAAUAAUAGUCAUAAUAAUAGUCAUAAUAAUAGUCAUAAUAAUAGUCAUAAUAAUAGUCCUAAUAAUAGUCCUAAUAAUAGCUGUAAUAUUAGUUGUUAUAAUAGUGAUGAUAAUAAUGAUGAUGAUAAUGAUGAUGAUAAUGAUGAUGAUAAUGAUGAUGAUAAGGAAAUUAAGAAUAUUUUAAAUGUAUUAAAUAAUUUAAGAAAUUAUAAAUUUCAUGAUACAGAUAAUUUAGACAAUGAUGAGAAUUAUGAAUCCUUUGAUAAUCAUCCUGAUGAUUAUAAAACAUCAAAUAAAGAUAUGGAUGAAAACGAUAAACUUAAUACAAACGAAACGAAUAAUAUGUAUCAUGACCAAAAUAUCCCUUUCCUAAAAAACGAAUAUACAUAUAAUAAUGUUCUGUCUAAGGAAGAUAAAGAAAAUAUCGAUUUACAAAACAUAAAAGAUAAAUAUGAAAAGUUUACCCUCAAUCUUUAUAACCAAAUAGAUGAUGAUAAUAAUAAUAAUAAUAAUAAUAAUAAGUUUAAUAAAAUAAAUUUUAAUGAAACCAAUAAUAAAAAUGAUAUGUGUCAAGAAAAGGAGAAAAGCCAACUUCAUUAUGAAACAUCACAAGAAGAAAAAAAAAAUAUUUCCAAUGAAAUAAUAAAUUAUAAUAACUGCACAAAUCAACAGGUCCACGGAAAAAAAAAAGAUUUAAUAAAUACACAUAUAUAUUCUUCAACAAAUAAUAAUAAUCAUAUAUAUAAUUCUGAACAAGAAUUAAUAAUUUGUAAAAAUAAUAUAAAUUAUGUAAAAAAUAACGAGGUAAUUAUAAUGGAUGAUAAAAACAAUUUUCAUAUAAAUAAUAAUAAUAAUACAAAUGAUCACUUUUAUAUUUAUAAACAAACACAAAAUAAUUAUAAUGAUAUUAAUCAAGAAAAAAUCAAACAAUCCAAUAUUUGUAAUGAAGAACAAAAUAAAGUAAAAGGUCAUUUUAAUAAUAUAAAAGAAGACGAACUAGCCAUAUCUUCCAAUAAUUCGUCUAAAAAUUCUGAACAAGUCAGGAAAAAAAAAUUAUUAAAAGAAAAUAUGAACAAUUUAAAUAAUGUUAAUAAAAAUGACGAGACAAAUAUGAUAUAUAAUAAUAAAGAAACUAUACUGGAUAAAGAAAAUGUAUAUAUUAAUACAUAUAAUAAUAAUGAUAUAUAUAGUAAUAGUAAUAAUAAUAAUAAUAAUAAUAUAUAUAGUAAUAAUAAUAAUUGUAAUAAUUAUGACGUGUGUGGAAACGAUGUUGGAUUUGCAAAAUCAAAUAUCAUGAAUGUCAAUUUAGAGAAUUAUAAUAUAAUUGACAGCACUAAAUAUAUUUUUCAGGAGAAUACUAAAGACAUAUCUAAUGAUAUAAAGACAGAAAUGAAAAACAUAAACUUGGAGAAUGAAGAAAAAUUUGAAUUUGAUUCAUAUCUAAAUAAAUUAAAUAAUUUGAAAAGUAUGCUUCAUCAAGAUGAGAGCGAUAGCGAAAAUUAUGUUGAUGAAAAUGGCGAUAAAAAUUCGGAAGAACAAAAUUAUAUUACAGAUGAAGAAGGAAAGAAAAGUGUUGUAGAUUAUGAUAAAGAAUUAAGUACGGAUGUUGAUGUGGAAGAUGAAAGUAACAAUCAAAAUAUAUCUAAUGAGAAAAAGAACAAAGAAAAAAAAAUAAAAAAUAAUAAAAAUAAAAAUAAAAAUGAUGAUGAUGAUGAUGAUGAUGAUGAUAAUGAUGAUGAUGAUAAUGAUCAUAAUGAUGAUUAUGUUCAUUAUGAUGAUAACAAUAAUAACAAUAUGCUGGUUCAAUAUACCCACAAUCAUCACGAUACAUCCAGCCAAGAAAACAUUCAACAUACAAAUUAUAAACAUAAUAAUUAUAAUGUAUUAGAAAAUUUCACUACCGUUAAACAACCAAGCGAUAAUAAUCAUAAUAAAAAUAAUUAUCGAGAUAAUAAUAAUCAUAAUAAUAAUUAUUAUUACUAUCAACAUAAUAACAACCUUUCACACAUUACAGUGUUAGAAAAAAGAAAUAAAGCUCUAAACAAACAAGUGAAAUAUUUAGAAAACAAAAUUUCGGUACAGAAGAAAAAAGAAAUGAGCUUCUGUAAAAAUAAAGAGAAAUACAAAAAGAAAAAGAUAUCCCUAAUUAAUGAAUAUGAAAAAAAACUAGACAACAUAAUUAUAGAUUUUAAUAAACUUAAAGACAAUUGUAUAACGAAAGAAAAGAAGCUAGCUAAAAUGGAAGAUAUAACAAAAUAUAUAAAUGAACAAUUCUCAUUAAGCAAAAUACAAUUUGAAAAUAAAAUGAAUGAAUAUGUAAUAUUUUUAAAAAAGAAAGAUUCAGAAAUAUAUAUGUUAAAAGAAUUAAUAAAAGAAAAAGAAAAAACCAUAUUAUGUAAUGAUAAUAUAUUGAAACAAUAUAAAAAAGAUGUAGACGAUAUAUUAAAAGAGAAUAUAGAAAAGAUUGAUGAUAUAAAAAAAAAACUAAAAACACAAGAAGAAAUAAUAUCUCAAAAAGAUAGACAAAUAGAAACCUUAGAAAAUAAUUUAAAAAUAGGAAAAGAGAAAAUUAAUAAAUUUGAUAACGAAAUCCAAAAAUUACAAUAUAAAAUAAAUAUACAUAUAGAAAAAGAAACAGAAAUAAAAAAAACAAAUGAUAUCGAAAAAGAAAAAAAUACCAAAUUAACUAAUAAGUUCGAUAUUAUAAAUAAAGAAAAUAAUAAUUUACAUAACAAAAUAGAAACGUUAUUAAAAAAUGAAAAAGAAAUAAGUACAGAGAAUGUUAAAUUAAUAGAAACAAAUAAAACAUUAUCUAUCGAAAAUGAAAAGUUAUCAAAUGAUUUAAAAAAUACAUUAAAUGAAAAAGAAAAAAUACAAGAUAAUUAUAAUAAAAUGAAUAAAGAACAUAUAAAAAUAAUAGAAGAACUUCAAUCGUAUAAGGAAAUAAAAGAGAAACACAUGAAGGAAAUAACACAAAUCAAAGAACAAAUACAUAAUUUAGAUAAACAUAUUGCUCAAAUACAAAUAGAAAAAAACAAUUUUGAAGAAUGUUAUUUAAAAGAAAAAAAUGAAAAUGAAAAAAUGUCAAACAUAUUACAAGAAAAAUAUAAAGAAUUAUCAACUUAUGAAAUAGAUAAAAAUAUAAAUAAAAUAAAAAUCGAAGAUCUAGAAAAAGAUAAAGAAAAUAUACUUUUAACAAAAAAUAAGGAAAUUAAUAAUUUAAAAGAAGAAUAUAAAAUUGUACAACAACAUUUAGAAGAUAUAAAUGUAUUAUAUGAAAAACAAAAGCUAGCUAUAGAUACUAUAACUAAAGAAAAAAAUAAUAUUAUUAAUGAAUGUGAUAAAAUCAAAAAUAAAAAUAAAAAACUUAAUAACAAAUUAAAAGAAAAUCAAAUCAAUUAUGAACACACAUUAAAUAAUAUAAAAAAAGAAAAUCAACAAAUUAUAGAAAGAGAAAAAAAAAACUUUACACAAAAAGUAGAAUCCUUAGAACAUGCAUUCAAACAAUCUUAUAAUCAAUUAAAAGAUCAAAAUGAAAAUCUACAACAACAAAUCAAAGAAUUAAAAAAUGUAAAUCAAGAUAUUAAAAUCAAUUCGAAAAAUCUUAAAAAUGUAAAUGAAAUAUUAAUUAAAGAAACAAAAAAUUAUUCAGAAGAAAAAGAAAAAUUUAUUAAAGGAUUAAAAAAUAUUAAACAAGCAUAUAUCAAAUUAAAAAAUGAAAAUCAACAAUUAAAAAUAAAUGCAUUUGAAUAUAUAAAAAAAGACGUACAAGAAAAUUAUGUAACUCUCAAUGUACACAAUAAUAUAUUAAAUGAACAAAAAAAAUUAUAUGUACAAAUAGAUAUACUCAAAUCUCAAGUAGAUCAGAAACAAAAUAUUAUAAAUAAUAUGAAAGAACAAAUUGAAGAUGUUAAUCAUAAAAUCGCAUCUAUAAAUAAAGAAAAGGAAGAACUAAACACAACCAUAAAAAUCAAAAAUAAAAUCACAGAAGAUGUGAAUCUAAGCGUCCAGAAAUUGAAGAGUGAACUAAACUCUAAAGAUGAUGAAGUAAAAAAAAGGACAAUCGAAAUUAAACAAAAAGAAAGAGAAUAUAAAAAGUUAUUAGAUGAUUACAAAAUAGAAAAAAAAAAUCUCGUAACAAAAUAUGAAAAGGAAUUAGAUUCUUAUAUGACUAAAUAUGAAUUUGCCCAUGCAAAAUAUAAACAAUAUGAAGAAGAGAUUAAGGAUUUAAAAAAUAAGUUAAAACUUAAAGAUGAAGUAAUUGAAUAUACGCACAAGGAAAUUGAAAAUAUAAAAGAAUCCUUCUGUAACGAAUAUGAGAAUAAAAUUAAAACACUUGUCGAGGAGAAAGACAAGGAAAUUAACACUGUAAAUAAAAAAUGUAAAGAAUUACGUCAAGACAAUACGACGAAUAAAAACGAAAUCGUCAAAUUAAAUAAAAUGCUAGAGGAAACUAAUAAGAAGAUUAAGAAACGAGAUAUGGAAAUGUACAUUUUAUUAGAAGAAAAUAAAAAACAAAAAGAAAAAGCAGCAAAAAAAAUGACAAAAGUCAAUGCAUUGUUAAACAAUCUUCAUAAAGAAUAUACUGAUAAUAUACCAUAA